GGUUGUACUAUGUAUAAUCUAUUCAAAAAGACUCCUGGCUUCCUACGGAGUGUACUAUAAUCUAUUUAAAAAGAGAAACAAAGCUGUGACAGUCUCUUAAGGAUUUAAGAAGAUGUAUCUUGAAGAGAAAGAGAGAUGAACAAGGGAGAGAAGUAGAAGAGUCCGCGUCCUAUAUUGCUAGCAUCGUCUCUUCACCCACUACCUGAACCUGAACGUGAAGUAGAUUAUGGAAGUACAACAUCUUCAUCAACUACCUAAUUGAAAUUAUAUUCCUCGUCUACUUCUUUCUUGUUCGUCUUCGUAGUUCUCGAAAUCCUUUGCCUUGGUACCAGCUGAAUCUACGUCUUGGGAGUCAUGAGGGUCUUGGCAGCGUUAACAGCUGCGCAGCUGUUCGGAGCUGGACAGCAUGCUCUUGGAGUGGCCGCGGAUAGCGCAAUUGAUCUUAUGAAAAACGCGUGAGACGCAGCAUACACGAGGAUCAGUUCCACUAGCUACUGCUACAACAAGGAACUACAAGAAACUUGUUUCUGUUACUUCAAUGAAGAGAUAGACAACUAGCUGCACUGGUGCACAUAUAUAUAGUCAUAGAGGACUACUUACUUUCCCCUUAUUUUCACUUAUUGGCGAAACUAUCACUGUGUUAGAUAUUUUUACUAGGACACACAGUGACAGUCACUGCCACAUCAGAAAUAGCAACAUUACCACUAGGACUAGAUCUAGAGCAAGAACUUCUCGACAUACUGGAUUCCAACGUGUAGUUGUGCCUCUUCUAAUGCUCUAUCCGGAGGAGCCCUCGCUGUAGCUGAGCAGCAAGCUUGGUCCGUGUCCUCCGUUUCGCGGUCAAUUAAGUUGAGUGCGAACACUGCCUCCGCGACGGUUACGAUGCAGAUAGAGAAUGUCGGAAAAGUUCCUCUGGACUCGUUUGCAGUGAGGUGGAGCACAGCGUUUUCCGCGAGAGUGGGACACAUUACAGCAUCACGGAAAGGAGGCGCGGGUUCUUUCACAGUCGCCAUGCAGCCUGGCCUUCCGGAUGGAAUUAGCGAGAUAAAGUACUACCUAGUGAUGAACAAGAACAACAUAUGCAAAUAAAACCUACUAGUGUAGUUGUACAAGAGCAGCUUCUUCCAUUUCUAGAGAACAUUGUUGCUCCAUGUUUUUCACUUCCCUCAUGUCGGAAUCCCAAAAAAAUAUCCUAGUACCAGGUCUGCAGUUAUAAACCUGGAUCAGACGGCAGCUAAAGGAGAGAAAAUGACCUUGGUUUACACUUUGCACAUGGGUUUGCCAUACGUACCACUGCCGAAGGAGAUCGACUUGUUUCAAGACCAGGUUAGUUUUUUGCUAGUUCUCCUUCUCCUAGCACAACUAUCUUCUGAAUCUAUCUCACAAUACUAGCACAGCUAUCUAGUUCUUGUCGCUAUUCUCCUCGUCCAUUUUUUCACGUCAAUAAAAACAUGAAGCGAAAGCAGCAGCAGCACAAAGAACCUCCUUUAUCCCUAAGAACCCUAUCUAAGUACAUCAAAUCAUGUUCCCGAAUCUAACCUAAUCACAUUGCAGUGGCUCGUAUUUGAGGACUCGCAGUGUGUUCCUAGCCCCUACAAUAUCGGGAAACAGACUACAGUCGCCGAACUACCAGACAGCGCGGGAGAAGUCGAGAGGUCCUCUUUAUUAAUUUCUUCAAGCUGACUAGUCAUACCGGCAAUAGAUCACAUCACGCUCACGACGCAAGAAAGUCUGAAGUGGUGCUUUCCGCAACCGCAACAAACAAAACCCUUACUACUUUGAUGUGCUUACUAGAAGUAGUUCAAAGUCUUCACAACAUUCUGAAUCUCCAUCCUCGUCUCACUCUAAUCCUUCCACCAUCACCAGCUUCACAGAAGGCGCACAGAGGCAGGGUAAAAAGAUUACAUGGGAUGAGAGCUUUUGCCAAGGAGGCAAGGCAAGUAUCACCGACAGCGGAGAGAAAAAGUUACGAUUACAACUACGUCUUGAUUGGCUUUGGCUAUUCCUGUUCCAAUGAUCAAGUAGUGAAGCACAACUGCUGCACACUGGAAAUUUAUUUCCAAGGAAGUAGGUCAUAUUUCCACGAGAAGUCAACAUGAAACGACUUAGUUGUGCAGAGCUUCUCGAUCAUCUUCAUCAUAUUCGAUUCUCACGUGAUAUCCACAUGAUAUCCGUCUAAGAUCUAUAGUACCUUUUCCGAACAAAAUAAAAAUCGACGCCCUUGGUCUAAAACUGAUAUUCGAUUUCACACUCACAACAACGGCAACCCCACACCCCAACUUCUCCACAACCCCAAACCCCAACCUCUUCUCCUCAACCUUUCAUACCUUCCACUCCGGAUCCACUUCGGACAUAAUGCCCACCAAGCCUAUUUCAAGACGGUGAAACGUGAAAUUGAGGUUUCGCAUUGGGGCAACAUUGCUUUCACAGAGGAUUACAAGCUACAUCAUUUAAGGCUUCAUCCCUUAAUGGUCCAUCUUCAGAGAAGACAUCCUACGUACUAGGAGAGACGUUCUUCCCGAGGGAAAAAAGGUCCCGGAGUGGUGGUCUUCAAGAUGGAUUGGGGCGAGCUCUAAACCAUGGAGGCGCACAGAUGACCGGGUCCUUCUCGCGUGUCAGCUUCACAUGGGCAGACUAUCGGGAUAAAGGUAGACUGCAAAAAAAUCUCUCUUCAGAUUCAAUAAAAUCAAUAUGAAUUAUUUGAAUAUCUUCUUCAGAAUCUCUUAUAAGAAAAACUCCUCCACCUCCCCGCCCACAAGCACAAUCACAAUAAAGGUAUGCAAACUCCUCCGAACCCGGUGGUGACUGGGAUGCAAGAGUUGUCGGCUGUAUUGCCUAAGACCGCAAGAAACCUGCAUUAUAGAGAUGAAAUCGGCAAUAUUUCGAGUUCCAACGCCCGUCGUGAUGAUCGAGGCUAUGUGCUCGCGCAAAUCCGACCACGAUAUCCCUUACUGGGUGGUUGGAACGCAGACUGGGCUUUCUCAUAUGAUGUGCCGACGAGGAGUGCGCUCAAGGUAUAGUAGUAGUAGUAGUGUGCCCAUUCGUGGGGUAUUAAAGACAGCUUUAAUUAUGGCAAUCAGAAUCUACUGAGUUACAGGUUACGACUUUGCCUAAUCCAUCUUCGGAAGCAUCGUAGCGACGUUUUCAAGGGGAAAACAGUCUCAGGAUGGACUUGGAGAUGGAUUAGGGUGAGCUCUAAUUAGGGAAGUGAUCCCAAUCCCAAUUAACAUAUUGUCGGUUUGAACAAAGUAAUUCGGAGUCGUGUUGUUUGAUCUUUUCUUCUAUACUCGGUUUCGAGCAGAGUCGUGGUUGGUGUGACUAAAGCUUGUUCUGUUGUAACUGGACGAGGGACCCAAGUGGUGAAGUUAUAUCGCAGGAGUGAGAAGUUUAUUGAAGAACGGAAACGGCAUCAUCAAAAUCGUGGCAUGAAACAUAAUGGGAAAGCUUGAUUAAAUGACAGCACUCAUAUGGCCUUCUACUUGUGAAACUGAUUGUCCGGUGGCUCAAGCCCCGUUGAGCAUAAAGCUAUUAGUUCAGAACACUGGGAACAUUGUUCUCCCGGUGUAGAAUUUUAUCUCCCAAUCGAGAUAGAACUUCACUCAGAUUGAUAAACGUGCUCCGCGAUCGCUUGCGAAGAGGAAGAAUCCAACAGGAUACUCCAACUCAACAGUGGUAGCGGAGAGGUGGCUCUGGGCUAAGACCCGUCCUCUCACAUGGUUGGACUAACUGAACAUUAACAACAAAGACAAACGCCAUAGUAUUUGAUUGGAGUAGAACAAGAGAAGACAACUGACAAAAUGUCUGGGUCGGGAUCCAGCUCAAGCUGGAAUAAGCCAGCUGAUCCGGAUGUCGACAUCACAAUGGAGAAUAACGGCCAGACAGGCUCGAGUUCGCAACUAUCACCGAAGGUACCCAAGUCGCCGAACGGCAGAAGAGCCGACCAAGCGUCCAACGCCAAAAAGCGGAAGUCGAACUCUGGCGACAGUACCCCUGCUGGGAGUGUAUCUCCAGGAGGAGAAUCGCUAUACGGAGCAAAUUCCAACGGCGCGACAACUCCAGUACUAUCUCCGAGUACAGCGAGUAAUAACCCGAUCAUCAACGAUCUAGUAAAAGCGGCUGUCGCGGUAAGUGGAGCUGUUGGAACAGGAGCAUUGCAGGCAAACCAAAGCGCAAUUGCUGAUCCAAACAGAUUAGGACGAUUAGCACAAUUGUGGGCAGCGCAACUUCCGUUUCAUGAGAGCCCGACUGUGAGGGCUGCUGUUACUGCGAUAACCUCUCCUCCCGGUUUGACUUCUUCUGCAGAAGAAACGCUCAAUAGGAUCAAGGCCUUAAUAAGAGCUGUAGUGACAGUGCAGAAGGCAGUCGGCGAAGCAGGAGCGAGUCUUGAAGUCAAGGUUGCAAGCGGCGAGAUACGGGUUGAGUCAAUCAUCCACGAAAUGAGGAGCAUGAUGGCCAAGGAUCUCGAGAUGCAGAGCGACACUCUAUUCGUUGGAAGAUUCGUCGAAAGCGGGAUGGUCGAGAUGCGUAACAAGCUCGAGCAGCAACAACUAGAGAACCGUCUUCGUCUUGACAUGCAGCAAGCUGAGAACCAAAGUACUCGCAUCCGUACUGACGCCAAUGAAGCCAACAACAACGAGAUCAGAAGCUUCUUAUCCGAGAUUACACAAGAAAUUCGGAACAUCAAGUCAGAGCAAGGCCGGAAGGAAGACAAGCAGAGAGGCGACAUCAUGGAAGUAGUAGAGGCGAUUAAAAGCUUGCGGCUGGAAAAUGAGCAAGCAAAGGAAAACGAUGAAGAAAAAAUGCGUGCACUAAUGGCAGAGGUGGACGAGAUCAAAAGAACAAGUAACAGUGCUGCCACUAGCCAGGUGCAGUCGCGGGGUAACAGCAAACCGAAAAAUACCCCGGUUCCAGCGGACAAGGACGACGGCAACGAUGUCGAUGACGAAGAAGUCGCUGACGCUGAAGAGUACAACACUGGAACCAAUUCCGGUAUGAACGACUCAUCCGCCAAUGAUAGCGACAUGAGCGAAAUGCCUCCGGCAAGCGAGUACUCCCAGAAAGGAAAGGGUCGCUUCACUCGUGGAAGUGGUGCUUCGAGUCGCGGCGGGCGGCCAGAUAGACGUGAAAGAAUGAAGCAGAAGAGAGACGAAGUGGAGCAGAAGCGAUACGUAUGCAAGAAAUGCUGAGGCAGGAAAAUGUCGGAAGACCAGUGGUGCCAGAAGUGUGCUGGGAGUAGUGGAAAGGAGAAAGAAAAGGGCAGAAAAGCAGAAGAAAUGAACGUCUUCUGCCUCGAUGAUGACAUCAAGACAUACACCAUCAAGGACCAGACCUACGGCCUUGAGGAGAACAGCGAACACGGUGUCAUGGGAAUGAUAGCGAAGCUCGACUUUCCUCUCGAAUCACAAUACAUCAGGCACAACAGGAUGUACGAUAAGAAGAAAGUAGGAACACUGGAUAGAAGAAGCAUGAACGACUUCAAAACUUUCCAAGGAAAAGACAUCCCAGAAUGGAUCUCUGACGUCGUAAUCUUCGUCGGUGCCAAUUGUAGGGCAGCAAUGCUUUCGCAGGAAGCAGAGGCAGAUCUAGUGCAAUGGAUAGUAGAGAACCGUCACUCGAAGGCAGAACGCGACAAGAUCUUCGUGUGGAAACACUUGGCAAGGGGGGCUUCUGAAUCAUGGCGGAUUCAAAACUACUUCGUGAGCUUGAUGAAGGCACUCCCCGAACUAUCCACUAGCGUCGGAAGAGCCUUUCGGAACUGGUCACUGCGGAGCUGGAAGAUUGACAAAAACGCAUCCUUCUAUGAGCAAGUUACGAUCUUCGAGAACGCUGCGCACGAGGUCAAGUGCGCGUACCUCGAGGCGACUGAAACACAUGAGAAGCUGCAGUUGUGGGAUGACUUCACUCAGCGCGUGCACAUGACAAACGACAUUAGAGCAGAGCUGAGGCGAACAUACCGGAGCGGCCUGUACUCAUGGCAGCAAAUCAAGGAUCUUGCUAUAGAGCUGCACAGACAGAGUGUUCUAGACGGAGUACUCAAGACGGGAGAUUCAUCAUCUUCCAAUAACGUGAGGAACAACGAUACAAGAGUAGACGUGAAUGUUCGUUCUGCUGACCCCAAUUUGGUAUGUCCCGAAAUUGAUGCAGCUGACCCAGGGUACUACAAAUUUGGCGCUGGAGGCAGCGAGCACAACAAGAACCAAGUUGCGUCAGGGGCUGGAUCAAAGUACAGGGCAGGCAACGUCAACUCGAACCAUACCAGAGGAGGUGACACACAGUCACAGAAUCAUGGUAGUCGUGCAGGAACAUCGUCUAGUAGUACCCCUGGCAAGUCGGGUGAUCGUAUUCCAUUCGAGGCUGACUAUGAAGAGUGCAUUAACUGCGGGAGAACAGGACAUCGUAGCCGUUUCUGCACACAUCCGCCCUACUGCAGAGCUUGUGGAAAAGAAGGACACUCUCUCCGUGAGUGCCCAGUCUACAAGUGGGUCGCAGCGCGCUUUGUAGCUUUCCAACGCACAUGGAAGAGUAAUCUAAAAGGCAAAGGGAAGAAAGGCGGAGGAAAAAAUAAGCGCCGUGUACAGAUCCAGGCAAGGGCUGUUGACUUCGACACCAAGGAAGUUCUCACGGAAAUGGAAGCCAUGGGAGCUGAUGAGUACCUGGACGAGGGUGACAACGAAAAGGGAGUAGCCGACGUGAGCAGCAUCUUCGUGCACACGGUGGAUAGACUGGGAGACAUCAUAGGAGAAAACGCCAAUGCCAGUAGUCCUUCUCAGCACGACUCACCUGACGUCAAGGAGGAUUUCUGAUUAGCCCCUCUAGUGACAAAGGAAAAACGUUGGUCGUUGGAGGGGAGAAAAAUACAAGAGGUAAGACAGUUUCCUCAAUUUUCCAUCAAGAAGAUAACCUUGCACAAGAAAUAAUACAGUCAGUACAACACGUCAAAGUCUUCGAUUUGUAUACCGGGGAAGAGCAAGAAAGUAACACACAGAACAUAGUGACAGUCAACAACGGGCAUCGUCUUGGUAAAAAUAGGAACGAAGAGGAAAGGAUUAGUAACAGGAGGUGGACGACCUUCAGCUUGUGUUUCGAUGGAGACACCGGCUUCACCAGAUUCCUCUACGCCGGGAGUCGAUACACGAAGGAACUAUUACGGGGGCUUGGCGAAAUAGGAUUCAAAACUGAGAUAGAGCCGUUAGCUAUCACAGCGCAUACAGCGGCCGGGAGCAUUCAACUAGAAGGUAGGUGCUUCGUCCCGUUCUGCAUGCGUGAGGCUGACAGAGAAGGAGUAGUGGAGCUGUUAGUGGUUGACGACACGAGAUGGAGCACUCCUUCUUCUCGCUUGCUUGGGACCCAGAUGCAGACCGCCUUGGGCAUCAGCUUUGUUAGUAGGAACAAAAGGUCGAGGGUGGUAAUCGGAAACUGGAGCAGGCAGAAAGAAGACGAGCGUUUCCGUAUCCCUAUCUUCGAAGACGUGUGCGUUGAAGCAGUAGAUAGGAUAUGCUCAACCCAAAUGCUACAUGACGCGAGAGAAAAGGGGUUUGCAGCAUGCAGCAUAGAUCUGUAUGCAGAGCCAGCUAACCCCGUUGAAGAUGACGUGGAUACCCCUGGCGGAGCGUCAUCACGGGACACCGCGGGGAUGAUCAACAGUGGCCCAAGUGGUCAAAUUCCCAGUCAGUCGCGUCCUGACCAGGAUAAAAUACCCGUGGAAGACGUCGACGAAAAACUUCUGAAAUAUUUGAAGCGGUGGCUUCUAGUUGACCUCGCAGAAGAAGACAGCUCUCUGCUCGGCUAUCGGAGAAUAUUCAUAGCCUACGAUCACGCGCCAUACCUAGACGGAGAAGAUAGCAAAGGAAUACUGCGGGUGGUGCGCGAUCUUGACGAGGUGAGCACAGUACUAGCGGUUGACAAGAAUCUUGCUGCUGGCUCCGAAGUACUGACCGGAGUUAGGCGCGAAGCCUCUCCACCCGAGGGAGAUGCAGCAAAACGGCGACUCGGGAACGAGGUCGUUGAUGGUGACGUGCGGAACCUCCUGGUAGAUGUCGUAUUCAAGUCGCAAGUAGAGGGGAGCAGCAACCUGUACAAAAGUGGAAGCUUCUGCUGUGUCCCAAUAAUAGAAAAGAAGACAGGCGACAAGAAGAGGGUAGAACAGCUAGCGCGUCUGAGUCAACAACCCGCUAACAUGUUCCGCCAACGAGUCAUAACUCACGGACGAGGUGAGAGUGUGCCGCUGCCGUUUCGGUCAUCACGGUUGUCCGUAUUCGAAGUACCGCGGGAAGUGGGCGAAGAGUUCAAAUUUCUGGAGGGCAAGUGUGGAUGCGAACUCGCUGGCAACGCACUAGAGAUCAUCUCCCGUUUUGACAGAAUGCCAGCUGUUACUAGGAUAGUAGAACAAGUGCGUAACGCGAUAGCUGAAGGACCGGAUCGACAAGUGAUGAUAGUCGGGGAUCCAGUAAAGUCUGCGGUUGGCGUGGGAGAGAUUGUUCAGAGGACUACGAAAAGCACAGGGGCUAAGUCAGUGAUGCGUAACCAGAUGAGUAUGACAGUGGCGAGGCGACUUCGUCGGGUUACGGUUGCUGGCAGAGUAGUCAAGUACGGAGUAACGGAGUGCUCGGCUGAGCAGAUCACCGCCGAUCGCGAAAACCCAACUGCUCCCAAGGACGUGCGUGACGGACUUAGCAGGCGAGAGAUGAUUCUGUUUGUAGAACUACAGCGGAUAGCGCACAAGGUAGGCUGGAUGAUCGACAAACAGGGGCUAACUCGUAGUGCUGCCAAACGCUUCAAGCGAGUCUCUGCUAAGGAACUAGAACGAGCUGCUGAGGCAUUCGCAAUGGUACAUCUGCAACGAUGCCACCGCUUCGGGGUGCCCAAGCACCGGCGGGCGGGCACGUGGCAGGCGUAUAACCCAGCAGCGAUUAUGCAGUUUGACUCCACCUUUGUAGGACCGCCAUACAUGCCGAGGCCACACGCUGUAGUGAACUCUAUUCGACUAGUGGGACGGCGCUCCUACGGUAAAUACCUAGGACCGAAGGAAAAGGCAGAGAGAUGGUCACUCGAAGAAGUACGAGAUGAGUCGGAUGUCAAGGGACACCCUGUUACUGAAGACAUCGUAAACUUCCUAGGAGAAUUACUACUGUGCGGUAGAGUGGCGCUAUUAUCGGUGUGUGACCCCGAUGCUGUACACGUAGCUUACGCGCUAGCUGUUUUCGUAGCGGCAGCACAGCGCGAGAUGGAGAUCCCCUCUAGUAACAGUCCACUGGGAAACGCUGCGGCAGAGAGGUUGAGCGGAGUCAUGAAGAUGCUGCUAGAUCGAUUCCAGCACCAUCCCGUUUUACGCGACUUACCUCUGGAACUGCAAGUGCGCCUCAUCCACGCAGUUAGGAACGAAAGACUGGAUAUGCAGGACGGAGGUGGCGGCUGGGACAACAAUUUCGCACAGAUAAGCCAUGAGGCAGACGCGGUCAGGUUCUAUGACGAUGAGUCAUUGAAGGGGCAGAUGGUGCUAACGGGAAAGACACUCGAAGCGGCAAGGCAGUGUUUAUCAGAAGUAGUUCUGUCCGAUGAAUGGCCAGCAUUCCUGCGCGAGAUCAGGGACAAAGCACUGGAGGGAAUGCGGGGCUCAAUGCUAGUCCAAGGGGACCCAUGCGAGUACCUCGAAAAGCCAGCCGGGGCAAUGAAAGGAAAGUGGAAUACGGCUACAUACUCGCAUACCUCUGGUCGAGAUGCCGUGCGUGUUAUCCCGGCAGGGAGCGUAUCAAAGCAAAUAGAAGUCAAGCGCGAAAACACGCGACCGCUAUGUGAUACUGAUAGAAUGCUGAGCAUGCCGCGCUUGUUCGACGUGCAGACAAGCGACAUACCGCAUCUAUUGCAGAUUCUUCGCGAUGUGAAGGCUGACAGUCAAGUAGUGCGGGUGGUUGGUUCAAACUAUGUACUCCAAACCUGCGUUGACUGCGGCGAGCGCAGAGCCGUUGAGCAUCAGUCAGUAGUUGGAAGAUUCUGCCGAUGCUCUGACCUAGCGAAUGCGGUGCGCGGUGACAUCGGAGAUGAUGAAGCCAUGAAUGGCGAAGGCUGGAUAUAUCCCAGGUUCAGGGAUAAGGGUCGACCUAUCCACACGGCACUGAUGCCUGAUGAGAAGCCGUACAUUGAAGAGCUGGAGGAUCGAGGCAACAGAGGUCUAGCAUCGCUGGAGGAAGAAGAGCCACUUGUUGAGGAGAAAGCAGUGUCUUUCGCAGAGGAAGUAGAGGUGAGUAGUGCGGAAACUAAGGGAUCCAGAGCUGAUGCUUCUAACAAGGAAGAGGACUCGCGGCAGUCUGUGCCGAAUGGCAUCUGGAUCAGGAGCCAUCAUGUCCCACGUACCCAUAACUUCGACCCAGAUUCGAAAGAGUCGCGGAUAUGGGUAUCGGCCAGAGGAUUCGGAGACCGACGAGUGUCGAUCAAGUUGUUCUCAUCUACCGCUGAAGAGUCUACGCAUGAGGAUAACUGGCGACUUAGAGGAGCUUGCGCCGAUAAUUCUGGACGAGGAUCGUGGACGGGAUACUCUAUCUUCUUUCCAUCUUCGUUUACACGCGGGGAACGAGACCGAUACGUACAGCAGUUCAAGCAGUACUUUGUAGACGUGAAUUGCGUCGAUAUCGAGCUCUCUGAACUGGAAGACGCUACAGAAAUCCACUGUGUUCGCAUAAGCUCCAACGUCGUAAAAGAAGCAGAACCAAGUGAGGACGAGAUUGCAAAGAUAGCUGAGGAGAAGAAAUAUAAGGAGGGUCUAGAGUUGUUCGAGCAAUGGAAGGCUACGUGUGAGAUCUUCAAUGUCUUAGAAGACACAGAGGCAAAUCGAGCCACUGCCAACAAGGUAGUCAAUCGGUUCCGGCCGAUUGCGGCUUCUACUGCAGCUGUGAAUGAUGGAUCUUUCACAUGGUUCAUGGACGUCGUGGGAGGCGAGAAGAAGUGGCUUCUCGAAGAUGUAGCCAUGUCCUGGAAUCGCUCGUGGAAAAUCAUAGACCUUAAUCGGGCGCCACAGGUUCACGGAGACCGAACAUGCACUGGCUUGUAUCUGAAUCAGGUACGUCCUGGACGUGACUCCUCUGGUUUUGAGUUCAGCACAACUUCUGGAGAGGGAACGAUAGGAGCUGUGCGCUUCGAAUUCGAGAGCAGAAUCCCUCUAGCACCAGAGAACCCUGAGAAACGUUUGCUCCACGCAUGCCGCGAAGGGAUAACAGCAGCAAUGCGGAAGAAGGUGAGGAAGUCGAUGAAGAUUCCUGAUUUGACUCCUGAUUACGUCGUCGAUGUCAUGAAAGCAGUGGAGUGGCUAGAGGCGGGCUACGAUAAGGAGCUAUCAGGUCUGCUUCUCUCUGUGACGAACGACGGAGGCAAAUGUGUGGAGGUGGCUAGUGCUGAGGAUGCUUCGGAUGCUAAUGCUGGCGUGAAACAUAAUGGUGACGAUCUAGGACCUCGCUUUCUUGUUGACUUGAAGAGAGUAGCAACGAACCACUUCAUGUUCGUCGAGUUGAAGACAAGAUGGGCGCCGAGCGGUGGAAUGGAGGACGCGAGUGAGGUGGAACGCAGUGAGAAUUCUAGUCCAACCCUGUCCAACAUCGAUUUUCGCGGGAUGCUUUGUGCUGCUUCGUUUAUGGUGGAGCCGGAGAUCUCGAUUUCGGAUUUGCCCCGAGCAUUUAACCAGAGCGAAAAGCUCGCGUUGGCAGAACGACCUAGGACGCAUGUGACCAUGAUCAAGCAUGCCGGCGCACGCGAGGCCCUGACGCGGGUGUUCAGGCGGGUCGGAGAUAGAAUGAAUUUGGCAGUAAGGAUGAACUUCUCUACCAGAUUUUUUCUGAACGUGCCACAGUACGGCCUGCUCGCAGGGGCUUCCAAGUUCGUCAAAACAGUGCGUGACCGGUUUCCCCAAGAGGGGACGCACGCCCACGCGCUGGCCAAGUGCGUGUUUCGAGUGUUUCACGACGGACGACUAGUGGCUAUGUUAGGCGAGCAUGUAGAUGACUUCUUAGCAGUGUGUGAGAAGGGGUGGACAGAAGAAAUCUACAAGCGGAUGGGGCGGCUGUUUAACAUCGACAGUUAUUCGGUGUUGGAGCCAGGAAAGGUGGAGAAGUUCACUGGUAAGGAGCUGAUGACUGAGGAUCUUCCGGAAGGACGUAGCGUGUACGUUUUCAACGAGGAGAAGAUAAAAGCCCUGGAAGCGUUCACUACGGUGGAGCAGAAAACGGGAGUCAAGGAGCUGGACCAGCAGCGAGUGCUACAGAGGAGUGAGAUUUCCGAGAUCAAGGGCGUUAGAGGAGCAGUGGGCUUUCUGCAGCAAUGGACAAGGCCGGACGUGUCGUACCUCCAUAAGAUUCUGAGCUGGGGAUCAGACGAAAAGCGAACUGUCGAGUACGCCCUCAGGUACAACAUGAUCGUCCGGCACUUGCAGAAGACGCCAAAACAGGGAAUACGCUACUGGACGGACUUGGGAGAGGACCUGGCUCUGUUGUCUCUCACUGACGCUAGCUACCAGAGCCGUCCACAUAAGAAGGCAUCCAGUGAUGGGGCUGCAAAAAACAAAGGAGCAGCAAUGGUGGUGGAUAACGGGAGCCCCGAGCUCCUAGAGCAAGUUGCGGAGAACAUGCUACCGCUGACGACACACAUGCUACUAGUAGCUUCUCGGUCUGAACUCAAGGAUGCGGCAAGGGACAAAAAGCCUUUUCGCGUCAACCUGCUCGAUUGGUCCCUGAAAGCCGGCGACGCGCCCUACGGGAGCAGUUACGGUGGCGAGGUCGAUGGGUAUGAGAAAGGGGCUAGUAAAACAGAAGUUAUCAGGGAGUAACUAAUGGCUAUUGUAAGGGGGGAGACCAAGGAGGAAGAGAAGAUCCGUAGCUAUGUCUUUGGUAAAGAAGAGCAAGAAGAAUCUAGAACCGUUUUUGAAGUGUUUGAUCUGUUAGAUAACAACGGAGUUAUUGAAAGACUGCUGUCACGGGAAAUCGGUCACGAGAGCAACAUCUGGCUCUUUAGGGCGUUGAACAAAGCAAGACUGAUUUAUAAGGUAUUUCCCCGGACAUUGGUGCACAUCUCUGACAGGAUGAACGUGUCAGAUGUCCUGGGUAAGUUUUACGCGACCACAAACAGAAAGAUGAACCGCUUCCAUGAGUUGAUGGACGGGUGGUUCUAUUGGUAUGAUAGUGGUGAUGGUAAAUCUUCUUUAGAUCACAAUCUUGGACAGAUUCGACGUUUGAAAAGUGAUUUAUGAUUGUUGAGCCCAAUUGCGAAUAGCAACUCCGAUGGAAAUGGAGUCAGUUGGUGAUCUAGAGAAUUGUUGUUGAUGUUUCGGUUGGUUUGAUCGUGACACGUUUGUACAGUUAAGGAAGUGAAGAGAUUAUGAUGAGUAAGUAAAGAAAGGAAGUAGGAUGAGUAGAACAAGACUACGCUUUCAUACAAAUCAACUUUUUGCAGGGUGAGUUGCUGGACACAUAGGCGAAGGAAAUAGUUAUACAUAGCAUAGACAAGGCUGAAGUUAGAAGAGAAGAAAGGCAUCGCAGUCAAUUUUUGAUUCUUUUUUAUUUUGUGUCCCACACAUGUGAUGACAUAUAGAUGAGGCUUAGAGUGUUGUUAGUAGUGGUAGCGUCUAUGAUUUACUCGUGUUAGCGUGCAGCUUCAUAAAUUUCCAUAGAAUAACAUCCGAAAAUGGAUCGUGCACGUGAGAUCGCGAGGCGGCUUGACCUCGAAUGGUACUGGGAGUUACAGGAACACAUGCCCACUCUUACGGUGCAAACAGAGGUAUAUGUAGAGCAUCUAUUAAGGGUGAGUAUGGAAGUAAGAGGGGGCCUUCCGGAACCUUUCGAGUCAAUGUGGAGCGGUAAUGAGAUAUGCGAUUACCUUCAUAGGCAUACUUUCCAUUGGCGUAGAAGUGUUUAUGUGUUGGAUCUGGUGACAGUUGUUUUGGUGAAGCUGAUUGAGGAAGGUCGUGUGUCAAGCUAUUACCAGAUAGAUAGAAGGAUAGUAGAUGGUGAUGAUGCCAAACUGUGGGAUAACUGGUUUUGGAUUCCCAGGUGGAAGCAUCGCCCCUCGGGUAGUGUUCCCCUGUGCUCGAAGCAAGAUAAGUAUGACAAGAUGGCUCUGUUGAGUAAGAAAAUAGAUUGCGCAAGGAGUAAUACGCUUUGUUUCUGUAAUUUCCACUCUCCUUAAUCCUCGGAUUUAAACAAAGACAGUAUGUGGUGUAGGAAUAUAAGUAGUAAAUGGGAUUUGCUAUACGAAGCUGUAUAUGCCACUAUGGGAUAGUGUUGAUGCUCGUGAUGGCCGGGGGUCACACGGAGCUAGUGUAUUGUUACGAUAGAGGACGAAUGGUGACGGGGUUACCUUGGUCAGCACCGGGGCGGCGGUUGUUUGCUAAUAGUGAAGAUCCAUCUGCGAAUGUUCAUACGGGAGUCAGGUAAACUGAUAGUACAAGUCUGUGCGGGCAGCGAUGGUCAUUAUUAUUGAUUUUAUUAUCUUUGGAUUUUCCAGUCGUUAAAGUUGGUAUAGCGUUUUUCUAAUAAGGAAGAAGACUCCUCAGUUCGCCAAACUGAUGAGGGGAUUGUUAGAAUGUAGUUCGGAACUAACAACGCUGAGAGCAUGUGAAGUUAGUUCUUUUGUUGUGUGAGUUGAUAAUGCGUUAUGACCCUACAGGCAGUGGUGUGGUUAUUAGUGUUCACUUACUAAGAUAUAGAAGAAAGCUUUUAAGUAGGGGGGUAUGUCGGUUUGAACAAAGUAAUUCGGAGUCGUGUUGUUUGAUCUUUUCUUCUACUAUACUCGGUUUCGAGCAGAGUCGUGGUUGGUGUGACUAAAGCUUGUUUUGUUGUAAGUGGACGAGGGACCCAAGUGGUGAAGUUAUAUCGCAGGAGUGAGAAGUUUAUUGAAGAACGGAAGCGGCAUCAUCAAAAUCGUGGCAUGAAACAUAAUGGGAAAGCUUGAUUAAAUGACAACACUCAUAUGACCUUCUACUUGUGAAACUGAUUGUCCGGUGGCUCAAGCCCCGUUGAGCAUAAAGCUAUUAGUUCAGAACACUGGGAACAUUGUUCUCCCGGUGUAGAAUUUUAUCUCCCAAUCGAGAUAGAACUUCACUCAGAUUGAUAAACGUGUUCCGCGAUCGCUUGCGAAGCGGAAGAAUCCAACAGGAUACUCCAAUUCAACAAUAUUGAUAUUUUUUUAUACGUACUUAUAAUAUCAUUCUUGUGAAACAAUGUAGAUGUACUUGUACAACCUUCAUCAGCAACCACAGCAUUCUGCAUUGUCGAGUUUCACCCCAACACAGGUCGAUCCUCUGGAUCCUUCUCUGCACGUGUUGAAUAUCAUGUCACCCCAACACAGGUCGAUCCUCUGGAUCCUUCUCUGCACGUGUUGAAUAUCACGAUGUCGCCACCGAUUGUGCGGACAUUUUCCCAGAAACUAAUCGUAGAAGUGUUAUUGCCGGAAGGAGCUUACGUUAUGGCGGAGGUCACUACAUGAUAACUUCUACAGAAGUCGUAGAAAGGGACACGCUGAUGCAACUAAAUAACUUAUACCCCGUGAGUGGGUACAUCUACCUAUAUCUAUCUAUCGUCGUUGUUUCAAUAUCAUAAAAGUCGAGUAGAUAGUUACAUCUUUAUUCACUUCCUCCCUUCGUAGUUGAGAUACGAUCUUUUGUCUCACUACAUGAUAACUUCUAUAUCGUCACCCGCUUUGUUUCUCCAUUGACAUAUUUUAUUCGACUCUUGUUCUCCAGUAUGCUGGUAGAAGUGAAGGCUCUUCUCCAGUAUCAAUAUCAUAAACUUAAACGUCGAGGUGGAUAUUGUUGAUACUCUUUUUCUUCGGCAGAAUGUAUACUCUUUUUCUUCGGAAGAAUGUAAUCAAUGUUCUGUUUGUUUGAAAAGAUAUCAAGUUCUUUGGUAUUCCUAGGUCCACCCCAUCAUCGUCAAUCAAUGUAUGCUGGUAGACGUGAAGGCUCUUCUCCCGUAUGGUAGAGCAACAACAUGUCAAUAAUUUUUCUGGUGUCGAUCCUGAAGGAAAAGGAUCAUUGAAUACGUAGAAUAUCAUGAAUUUCGAAUGAUCUCCACGAUCCUCUAAUCACGACAUUGA